AAUACUGUCAUGCAACCGCGAGCGAACACUGCGAUUCAGUUUUAACUCAAAACAUAACAGAAAAUCACGAAUAAUUGUUGAUAAACGCUGAAUUCUUACACAAAAUACUCACAAAUCAGUUUAUAUAUCGUGUGCGUGAAGUGUGUCUCAAUGUUAACCUAUGUUUCGUUUUGUUAUUCAUCUUUUACCUUGAUUUGCACACCAUGACAACAUCAGUGUGAAAAAUAAUAUUGAAAAUAAUUAAAAUAACUCGUCAAGUUAUCCGGCGGAGAAAUGGUUUGAAGAUUUUCAUUUAUCAGGUGUACUUACAGUUCUAAGUAAUUAUGGCAAAUUUACCUUUGGAAUCACCACUGGGUGAGUCGCCUGCUGGUAGUAAUACAGUCUGGCAGGACUUCUGCGAACGACACGCUCAAGCAGCAGCUCAAGACUUUUCCAAAUCAUGCCUGCAAUUUAUUUCGAUGAACCUCAAUGAAAACACGCGCGCUUCUCUCACACACAAAGACUUCCUUCGUAAAUUUCUCGAUGUUUUCACGGAGCGUUUCGAGAUUGAUUAUUGCCAGCGGCGGCUACAGGCGCAGAAAAUUACGAAUGGCACCGGCCGCCAUAGCGAUAACGAGCGGGACUCUGAUGAAGAAGGCGCAGGAAGUCCGAAAAUGCCACACAAACCUUUCUUCCGAAGGUUAAGUUUCAAAAUGCUGCGUAAAGGCAAAGAAUUGUUUCAUAAGCAGCACUCUGAUGAGGUGGAAUUGGCUAUGGCGGGUGUUGCGAGUGCGUCAAGUAGUCGUACCAAGCUGGCGAAGAUUGUUGUCGAGUGUAGGAAGGAAGGUAUUGUGAAUUAUUCAACGCCGGAGAGUUUGGAUCAGCCUGGUGGGCCAGCAAAGUGGGAAAAGUGUCGGCUUGCGUUAGUUAAGGCUGUUGGAGGAUAUAUGCUUGAGUUUUAUUCACCGCCAAAGAGUACUAAGCCACGCAGUGGAGUUUUCUGUGCGUUAAUCACAGAAGCAAGAGAGACAACAGCUUUGGAGAUGCCAGAUCAUGAAAAUACAUUUGUAUUGAAAGCUGGUAAUAGUAUUGAGUUUGUAAUUGAGGCUCAUGAUACAGAUGACAUGAGAUCUUGGUUAGCUACGAUAAAAUACUGCAUUAGAUCAGCGCCUGGAAGUGAUGUUCCUGAUGGAGGUGUUGGUGGUACCAAAGCGGACUAUCAUGGUGACGCGCCGGAACUUCCGCCAAGACACGCUGCUUCCGGUCGUGCGGCAGGUGAUCGACUCUCUUCAAGUAGUAAUUUUGACAUUUGUCCACAAGAUUCUGAUGUAAUUGGACAGAAUUUAAAGAAAGAGUUGUGGUUUCACGGCACGUUGGGUCGCGCGGAGGCGGCGCAGCUUGUAUUACACGACGGCGCCGCCGCCCACGGUUUGUUCCUAGUCCGGCAGAGCGAAACACGCACUGGGGAAUUUGUCCUUACGUUUAAUUUUCAAGGUAGAGCAAAACAUUUACGGAUGACGAUCAACGAACAAGGACAGUGUCGAGUGCAGCACUUCUGGUUCCAGACGAUCUACGAAAUGCUCGAGCACUUCCGCCAGCAACCCAUACCGCUGGAAAGCGGUGGUAACUCUGAUGUGACACUCACCGACUACGUGGUUAAUUCAGCCGCACGCGCCCAACUGCAGAAUUCAAUGACACGGCAACAAGUCACAGCCGCGUGGUCCACCACGACGAAUAGUCCGGCGAUUGCCACCGCGACGAAUCAAAAUGGCGGCGCGCCGGCGUUGGUAGCGAACGCGCCUGCGCAGGACGCUGGCAGCGGCGGUAGUGAACGGCGGCCGCCGCCGCUGCCCGAGACGCAACACAUUCAAACACAUGGGGGCAGUGUACGAACGCAGGAAACCACGCUUGAGCAAAUCAACGACGCGACGAGUCGCGCCAUUGACAACCAGUACAGUUUUGUUUAGUUAUGCGCUGGAAAAAGAUUUAAAUUAAGAAAUUCAAUAUGGAGUGGACACAAAUAUGUUAAGAAAAGAAAAUGAUCACAGGGUAUUGUAUGUUUGUUGAUGUUCUGGGUGUUCCAUACGAAGUUCCUUUAUGAUGCUAAUAAAAGAAAUAAAAAAUAAUUAAAACUUACAUAACCUGUUUUUGAAAAGUCAUAUUAUAAGUCACAUGCAAAAUAACUUACAUAUUUCUUCAUGAUUUUUAUAUGGCAGUGGAUAAAAAUAUUUUUGAGCAUAAUGAACAUCUUCAGAAUAAAAAUAAAAUUAUACUAAACGAUAUUUUGACAUUAUGCUCAUUCGACAUAGGCAACCAACA